AUGACUACAACAGCAGAAUUAAUUAAAUAACUAUUAGAAUAUCAUGGUUGCAUUUAUGAAGAGAAUAUUGUUCAUCCACCUAAUGAAUAUGCUAAGUAGCUAAUGGUAAAAAUUUUAGAUGGAGCAUCAAAUUUAGCUGAAAUGCAAAAGCGAUAAAAUAUUAUUACAGAAGAUAUAAAGUUUAUUAAUUGAUAGACUUAUGUUAGAAUAGCUUAUGAAUAUCAAUAAAAUCCAACGAUCAAUACAAAUGAUCUUAUUUUAUUUGCAUUAGAAAAGAAUAAUCAAUAAUUGAAUGAUUAAUCUAAAGAUUAAACUAAUUAUGGAGCUAGAUUACCUGCAGGAGAAACUCAUAAACUAUUAAGACCUAAUUUUUAAGUUAUUGUUAAAACUCAACCUGAUUAAAUACCUCUAGUUUAAUAAUAAAUGGAAAUUGAAAAGAAUUCCAAUAAAUAAUAGCAAUAAUAACAAUAAGCACCUAAACCUGGUAGAAAAAAGAUAAAUAUUGAAAUGGAUUAUGAUCAAUGA